GCAGAGAGCUGUGAAUCCCUGAGUGAGGGGAGAGGCACCAUGGCCACAUUCCUCCCUCCUCCUCCACCCUCUCUCCUCCCCCCUUCUCCCCAGCUAUUCACCAUUUUACACUCCUCUUUUCCCAGCCUGGAACAUCGUUGUCGGAUCUGGGGGUAACCCGGAAAAUAAAGAGAGAGUGGGAGAGAAAAAGAGGGGCGAUCCCCCUCCUGGAGAGCAAUCCGCUGCGUUAUCGCAGCGCUGCCCGGGCGAUUAUUCUGUCGGAGGCGCCUGCACCCUGCGCGUUCUCUCCGGGGCUCGGGGAAGGAGAAGCCGCUUCCAGACGCUCCAGACUCGCGGAGGACGCGCAAGAGGAGCGACUCGCACGCAGCAGCCCAGCGACUCGCACGCAGCAGGAGGAGGCAGCGACUUCAGGAACAAGGACAGGGGGGCAGUAGGAGUUGUGUGAAGGACAAGAGUGACUCGAUUCGGGGGAGAUAGUGCCACGACCGACAGGAAGAGGACGAUUUGUAUCCCGACAUAAAGACAGGGGACAUCUGCCCAGAUGGAUGAGCAAGGGAGGCUUCUUCAGGCCAGGGGGGUGGGAAUUCCAGGGCACCCUCACCAUGGGGUACCCCAAACCCUGACCCCCCACCCUAUGCAUGACACCCCAGCAGACAAUGGGGAGCCCAGGAAGCAGGAUAUCGGCGACAUAUUGCAGCAGAUCAUGACUAUCACUGACCAGAGCCUGGAUGAAGCCCAAGCAAAGAAACACGCCUUGAACUGCCACAGGAUGAAACCAGCUCUCUUCAGUGUCCUGUGCGAAAUCAAAGAGAAGACAGGUCUGAGUAUCCGGAACAAUCAGGAAGAGGAGCCCGUUGAUCCGCAGUUGAUGCGUUUGGACAAUAUGCUUCUUGCGGAGGGAGUAGCAGGCCCAGAGAAAGGAGGGGGUUCCGCAGCAGCCGCCGCAGCAGCGGCAGCCUCCGGUGGGGUCUCUCCUGAUAACUCUAUAGAGCACUCGGAUUACAGGAACAAACUGUCCCAGAUCAGGCAGAUUUACCAUGCGGAGCUGGAGAAGUAUGAGCAGGUGAGGGGGAAGAAGAGUGAGGCGUGUAACGAAUUCACAACACACGUCAUGAAUCUGUUGAGGGAACAGAGCCGGACCCGACCCAUCUCCCCCAAAGAGAUUGAGAGGAUGGUGGGGAUCAUCCACCGAAAAUUCAGUUCAAUCCAAAUGCAGCUGAAGCAAAGCACGUGUGAAGCCGUCAUGAUCCUUCGCUCUCGGUUCUUAGAUGCGCGGCGGAAGAGGAGGAACUUCAGCAAGCAGGCCACAGAAGUCCUGAAUGAGUACUUCUACUCGCACCUAAGUAACCCUUACCCUAGCGAAGAAGCAAAAGAGGAGUUGGCAAAGAAAUGUGGGAUAACCGUAUCACAGGUGUCAAACUGGUUUGGGAAUAAAAGAAUUAGGUACAAGAAAAACAUUGGAAAAUUCCAAGAGGAAGCCAAUAUCUAUGCGGUGAAGACAGCCGUUACUGUGACGCAGGGAGGACAUAGUGGAGCCAAUUCUCCAACAACCCCAACUUCUGCAGGUUCUGGUGGCUCAUUCAACUUGUCUGGAUCUAAUGACAUGUUCAUGGCGAUGCAGGGCUUAAACGGGGAUUCUUAUCCCCCCUCACAGGUGGAGUCCUUACGUCACACAAUGGGUCCUGGUUACAGUGACACAUUAGGAGCAAAUCAGAUGUACAGCCCUCGGGAGAUCCGGAACAAUCAGAAAACAGGUCAGAUGGGGAAGGGAGUAGGGAACAAAGAAGAGGGAAAAACAUGGGAAACAAAGGCCAAUGGAGGGUGGCAAGAAGCCGUUACCCCCUCGUCUGUCACUUCUCCAACAGAAGGACCAGGCAGUGUACACUCAGACACGUCUAACUGAGCACUCUCCUCCUCUCUGAGCUUCUCCCCAAACACCCCUCCAGCAAACAACAGUCUCUUCGUGAACUGAACUCCGUAACCUGGUUCUAGAUGGGAGAGAGUGUGAGAGCUCUCUCUACUCUUACCCCUGCCUCUCCUUACCACUCUGUCCAACAUGGCCCUCACUUCCACAAUUCUUCCAUAAAAAGGUUUAUGAAAACCAAGUGAGGUUAUAAGCCUCUUAAAUGGAGUGCUGACACUGGAAAUAUAACCUAGCUGGUUAAAACCCCAUUGUCUUGGCACAGAAACCCAAAGAAUAACAACUACUCAUCCCAUCCACCCUUCCAACGGAACCCACGUCAGUGUGGAACACUUAAAAUGGUUAUGCGGAAAGUAGAUCACUUCCUGGAUCUGAAAGGAAUGAGACCUUUGACUAUUAUUCUGCUUACUUUCCAGACUGUUCCGGUGGAGCUUAAUGAAUGUAUUAAAUCCGCAAUCAUAUCUUUUAUGGGCUGUAAAAAAAAUUUGUAAUAAAAUGUAUGAGAAAGGGGGGAGAGGGGUGGAUCCAGCCCAGGAAGUGGGGGAGUUGCCGCUAGAAAUGGAAGACAAGAGUGUAUUAAAGAGGCAAAGAGACGGUUACAUAAGGCAGCAAACCUAAGAGACUAAAAGGAUUACCUUGAACUCGGGGGAAGUUAAAGGGGUGCGGAGAAGCAAAAUGAGGAGGAGCGAAACGGAUACAGGAAUAAAAAAAUAAAAACAAGAACACAAAAGAGCUACAAGGGGGAGAUAAACAAAGUAAAUAAGACUUUAAAUCUCCUCACUCCUUCCCUCCAGAGUCUACCCAGAAUCCUUUGAGGCUCAGCCAAUCAAAGAACAGCAUUAUUACCUCAUAGCGGCUCACAUAACCAAUAGAGAAGACUUUUUUUCUUUUUCUUUUCUGAGUUUUCUUUUUGUUCACGUGUUCGCAAGUUUGACUACCUCCGAAGGGAAAAAAAAAUAAAAUUAUAUAUAUAUA